CUCAACUCUCUCGACCCAUCGAGACACCCCCAGACAGACAAGAACAACAACAGACAUAGACAAGUUAUGGCUCUGGCACUGGCGGCAGGCAUGACGGUGGCGUCGGCGGCAAUCGGCCUCCGGUUUGCCAUCCCGGCGUAUCAGAAGUGGAAGGCCAUGCCGGCAUCGGCACGCAAGCCGUGGUUCUCUCGCACUGUUGGCGCUGGCUCGUAUCCGGGCGGGUUCGAGGAGGCCAUGACCCGCAAGGAGGCGGCCCUCAUUCUCGGCAUCAAGCAGUCGGCGUCCAAGAAGGACAUCACCAAGGCGUGGAAGAAGCUCAUGUUGCUCAACCAUCCCGACAACGGUGGCUCCACCUUUGUCGCCUCAAAGGUCAACGAGGCCCGCGACUUUCUGCUCUCGGGCAAGCAGGAUCCGCUCUUCUGAGCCCAUCGAGCGACCGCAGGUCGAGGCUGUGAGGCCGAGACCGCACAGCCUGGUGCUCAUCGGCUGCCGCCACUGCGCCGGUACUUUCCAUCCCAUCCCUUCUCCGGCUGGCAGUCGGGCAAUCUGUAGAUCCCAUGUUGGGAAUCCUCCCUUGCAGCCGGAAGCUCGGCCGCGGACCGGCCCACGGUCCCCUCAAAAGGUGGGAUCCGAUGCUCAAGCCGAGCCCUUGUCUCGACAAGGUCUUUGCGUCUGUUUCUUGCCCUGUAUGAGGAGGACUGAGUGAUACGAUAAACUCCUUGUUGGAUGUGAUG